AUUGGCCGAGACCAGGAGGGCACGUCAUCUCCAUCAAUCAGGGACUGCUGUUUCUCCUCUGAGGAAUGUCCCCACGGUCGUCCAGCCGCCUGACCAUGCGUUACUGGAUGCAUGAGAGGCCGGGCAUGAAGUGAGACCCCGUCCAAUGAUUAUGCAGGGAAGAGGUGAUAAUGACUUCCCAUCAAGAGUUAACGGCCGAAGGGGAGAGUAGCCCUCUGUUCACGGGCUGCUGCCGAGCAAAAGAGGUCAUAAACCUGGACCUGGGCGGCAGGACUCAUCCUGAACUCGGCAGUCGUGAGGAGGGAGAACUGGAGGUGGAAGUUGCCUCAGGAUUUAAUUCUCCGCAUCCCCGUUAUUUAACUCUCUCCAACUGUUUGACUCUGUGCACCUCUUCGGACAGCCCUCCUCCUCCUCCUCCACCGUGUGAGACUCUGGAGGGCUUCUCCACACCGGCCUGCCCCCACUCGUCCCGUGUCCCCUGGCGGUGUAAGGAGCAGGGGCAGGGCUCUCCAGGACGCGGAUACUGCGCGUCAAAUAACAUCGAGGCAAGACACUCCGGUUUUGGGUCACUUGCAGAGCAAAUUCAACUCUAUUCUCACGGUGGCGCCGAGAUUCACAACUCGGACUGUAACGUAGCAGAAAUGGAUGAAAGGAGUAAAACUUUUGAGUGGAUGAAAGUGAAGAGGAGUCAGCAUCGGGCGGCCAGGAUGCACAUGACCUGUGGGUUCAGUAUCGUUGGCUCGGGCCUCGGUGCUGUGGAGGCUGGAAGCGGCAGCAUCUGCGCGGACGUCCAUCCCACGUUGAACGGGGCCCCGAGGACCAGCUUCAGCACCAAACAGCUGACCGAGCUGGAGAAGGAGUUCCACUUCAACAAGUACCUGACGCGGGCCAGGCGGGUGGAGGUCGCCAGCACCCUGCAGCUCAGCGAGACGCAGGUGAAAGUUUGGUUUCAGAACAGACGCAUGAAGCAGAAGAAAUUACAGAGAGACGGGCUGCUCUCAGACCCGGGGCCCGCGGCUGCGCACUCCCACGCCGACGCUUUGGACACCUGCCCCUCUCCUGGACUGUCCUCGCCAAAAAAAAAAAAACACCUGCCUCUGAACUUCUGAGCCGCAGGAGCCGCAUCAUGCAUCAGGCAGCGAAGGGCACCAGCCUGCAGAUGUUUUGAUUCCCGUUUGCAUCGCUUUCAAUCAGGCUUCACCUUUAUUUGCUUACCACGAUGGAUGCUUUUCGCAAGAGGCGCAAUGGCAAGUUUCUUCAUGCAAGAACGGGUCAAAACAAUUUGUCAUCCUCCCCGGCUUCAGACUGGCGCUCUGAUUUGAAUAUUAAAAUUCAAGUCAUUGCAUCGCGCUCCUAUCUACACAGUGUAAACGAAGAUACAAAAUUAUAUUAAUUGUCCAUAGAAGCUGUGGCGGGCUAUGUGUUUAUUUAUUUUGUACAAUUUAUUCAGGAGCUGGCUUUACUUGAAUAUAUUUAUUCAGCAGGACAUGUGCUUCCUAGUUUUGUUUAAAGUAACACGAAUGACUUAUUUUUAUUUAUUCAAGCUCUACAUUUGACAAUAUUAAUUUUAUUGACACAGAAAGAGAGAAAAUACAUUUUUGUAAGUUUUUACAAACGCUGCUUUUUCAAUCAAUUUUAAGUUCCAGCAUUAUGGAGAUUUCUUUCUCCGAGUGUCUUCUUUAAAAAGCUGCUCACGUUCAACAUUAACAUAAUGUUAAACAUUUAACGUGACAUUAAGAAAAAAGUCAGAUGCACCUGCUGUAGACAGAGCACAUCUUUAGUGUUAUAUCUAGGAAGAUAAUUAUGUGGAUAAAUUAAUAGAUUCCCUCUCAUCGUUUUAGAUGCUGUAUGUUUUGUUCGGUUUUAAGGCUUUUCAUUAUCCUCCUUUCACGGAAAGAUUAAAAUGGCAUAAUUGACUGAUAGAUUUAUUGACCGCUCGUAUUAAGAGUAUUGAUCCGUGGUGAUCCAUCUAUUUGAGGCACAAAUCUGGGAGCAUUUUGCAUGCAUCUGUAACUGCAUGUUAAUGGAAUGUAGAAACAUCACGAUCGGGAGUUGUUGCGUCUUUUAUUACCUCUAUACAUGCAUCAGAAAAUGAUAAUUUAGCUUGAACACUCAUGCGGGAGAGCAGACAAUAAAACGCUGUCUGUGCUGUUUUGCGAAUCAACCAAUAAAUUUUGUGGUCCCAGCAGCUCGAGCAACUAAAUAUUCCUUCCAAGAUUCACAUCUCAUCUCGUACAAAGUAAAUGAUUGUAAACUCGGCCCUUAAACACCGUUAUGUUCGCGGUGAGUGCGACGCGUUGUUAUCAUGUUAAUGCCUAUUUUAAUAUCAAGAUAUGGGCCAUCAGCCUCAUUCAGUCUGUGUAUGGAAAUAUUUUUGUUUAGCUUCCGAUUAGCGGUGUUUGCACUGGAUAUGAGGUUUACUGGAUCCAAAACGGAUAUUAAUGAUAACAAAGUAAUUUUUUCUGAGGCAGCAAACGAAAGGCUAGAAUUAAAAUGAAUUAAUUAGCUAUGUUUAAACCUUUAACAGGUGUCCUCAUUUGAGCUGGACAUGUAAACAAAAUACAAAUAAUCAUAAUCAUAAUAAUUAGACAAUUGCGCCUCUGCAGGGCGCAAGAGUGGACAUGAAGGCUGUAAGGCCAAGAUAAUAUAUGCGGUUAAACCAGAGUUCACCCCUCACCUCUUGACCUUUGUCUUGCCUCGGGACAACGAUGACCCGGUCAGCAGCUCAGUCAGAGAAAGAUGCGCCAUUAAUUUGGGUGACCUCCAAGUCUGAGCUUUUUCUUUCUUUCUUUCUUUCUUUCUUUCUUUCUUUCUUUCUUUCUUUCUUUCUUUCUUUCUCUCUUUUCGUUUUCCUCCUUUUUUUUUAAUACAACAAGCAUCAAGCACAAGCUUUUGUUCUGGUGGUGAGUCUCUAUGUCCACACAAUAAUAUUUCAUCCAGCUGAAUAGAAGAGCGACCAGGCCAUAUGAUAAUUGUUCAUAUUAUAAUUCCAUACCAGGCCAGAUAAUGCAUUUUUUUUCUACACCUAGAGCUAACCUCAUUUUUGCCCUAUCUCUUAUUUUAAUAAGCCGAAAAAUAUGUUACAGGCUCACUUUAUAAACUGGAUGAAAGAGUCUUUUCGCCCAAUAGGUUUUUGGAUAUAAACUACAGACCUACUUUUAAUAGCAAAGUUGACAAAUUAAAGUUACUGGAGAACUUAAUAUGAUUCCAUGUCAGAGACAGUAUAAACAAAAUUUAGAACAGCUAUUCAUUUCAUGCCCGCUGCUUAUAUAUUUCAUGCAUAUCUGCUUGAAUAAUUUCCAAAAAAUCCAGACAUUAAUCCCCUCCUUAUAAUAUUCAUAUCAUUAAUAUUAACUGAAAGCCAGAAAGGAAUAAAAGUUCAGACUUAAAGGUCUGCAGAGUAGCUUUUGGCAGCACAGAGAUUUAAAAGCUUUAUUUCUAAUUGAUAAGUGUAAAUUUACAUGCACACAAGGUUAAAAAUGUGUUGAACCCAAUUUAUUUGUACUUAAACAACGUACAGCUGCCUUUCCCUGAACAAAAUAGCACAAAGUGGAACGUUUAAGAAAACCAUCAAAUGUGUCCAUCUUUUUUGUUUAUGCAAAUAACUGUUUACUGUGAAGGUUAUGAGGAUGAUGAUGAGGACAAUGAUGAUGAAACAAUGUGAAUGUAAUGGUCUCCCAUGUCCACUGUUCCUACUGAGAAGUGUGUUAGGUUGAACUUAUUAGACACUCCUUUAUCAUCAUGUGCAAAUAUGUUCCCUUGCCACAUCCCUUCAAGUUGCACAUUGUAAUGUGCAGUAGAUACUUGCAGCAGGUGUGCACUCUGACUUUUUUUUUUUUUUUAAAUCCAAACUUAUUUCAUCACAGUUUCUACUGAAUAACAGAUUCACUUAGCAAUACACAACAAUUUAAAACACAAGCAAGGUUUAGAAAACAUGUGGAGGGAAAAACUUAAUGUGAAUUAUAAGGAUGAGGUGAAGAUAAAAAGAAGAGUUGAUUUAUUUUGGGUGAACUAUCACUUUAAUUUCAUUCUGUGGCAGCUUCAGCAUUUGCUUCUCAAUUGAUGAAAGGCGGACCUCAUUGUUUGUUCAGACCUGACAUUUAGUACGAAAGCGUUUGAGUGUGACUCUCCUCUGAUGAAUUUGUGCUCUUCUGUAAUUCCUUCCUGAAGAUGUACGGUUGGUUCACGAGACUGACAGCUGUGCUGCGCUUGUACACAAGCAAACACAUGGUAAAUGGAGGGAAAAUAAAACCAAAAUAACUCAGUUUAAAAUGCAUCGCUGCCACAGGUAGUAACAGUCUUGACAUCGAACAAGUUCAUCUUUAUUUUUAUUUUCCCCCGCCUUUAUAGCAAUAAUUUCUCACAAUGUAAUUCAUACCAAAAAAAAACUACUUUAUUUAACACAUUCAUUUAAAUCAGUAAGAAACAUAUUCAUCAUGAAGCACAAUAGCUCAAACAUUUGUAAAAGUGAAGUUACUUGCUGCAUUUAUUGUGAUAUAACACUCCAAUUGAGAUAUCAAAAUAAAUCCAGUGAUGUAUUAGUUGAUGAUGAAUGAGGCUAUUGACAGUCUCUGUUUUCUUCUGCGUUGUCUUCUAUUGCAAGUUAGCUGAUUUGGGCAGCUGUUACAAUUCUCCUGAGGAGCCCUGCCUGGCAUGAACAAUGAGACAACAUAUGCGGCUUACAGAAUAUCUUACAUUGCAUUUUAAAUUAACACAUAUAAGUGGGUUCCUUUUGAGCUUAUAGCAAUUAAUGCUAAGUUGACCUAAAAUUAACUUAAUGCAUAAUAUGCAUGUAAUAUCCUCGCUGGUGCUCAGGGGACUGAAAUCAAUUGAUCAAGUUAAGCUCUUUCUAACUUUAUGUGAAGCACUUAUAGAUAGCUCAGUUGUUAUAAUUGCAGAACAUUUGAAUGCUCGCCUCCCUUUUAGUUUUUCUGCUCGUCUGAUUUUACUGUUUUUCUUUAUUUGCAAAGACUUUCACGCGCUAUUAGUCUCUUUGAUCGGUCUCAUUCACAUAUUUGACUACCAAACAAUUUGGACAUCAAGAAAGUUGCCAUGAAGUGCACCUGUUUGUGUGUGCCUACGCAUGUUUGGAUGCCCUGUGUACAAUUACACAAAUAUGUGUUUUGUUUCCUAGGUGCUACUAAUAAAGCGCUCAAAUAGAUACAAAGCACCUAUUUGAAUAAUCGUCCACUCACACACACACACGCACACACACACACACACCCACACACAUACACACACACAUACAAAUCCAUACAUAACAAAUUCUGACAGAGCUACGCUGAACACAACAUGCACACCAAUCCAGUCCUUGCCUCUCCUCUCCUGCUCCACUCCAGGGAGCAGAUGUUUGAGGACAGUUUACAGCCUCAGCGAAUUUCUGUGUACAAAGCAAACAGCAGCACUCAGCACUUCUGGCUGCAAAGGGAAAUUUGCUCUUGAAGGAGGGGGGAGGGGAGGCCUUUGAGUCAAUGUAAGGUAUCAUGAGGAUGGGAGGCAAGGGGGAAAAAAGAGGGAGAAGGGGUGCACGCAGAGGUGAAAGUAUGUCAAGGUUGCGAGUCUGUUGCACGGGAGUAUUCCCCCUGUUUCCUGAGACAUCUGGUGCUGUGUGCGUGAGCAGUGUGGGACAGCAUCAUGUACAGUACAUACAGUAUCUCCCUGUGGCAUCAUGCAACAUCAAUAAAAUCAACCAAGGUGUCCCUGCUACAUAUCUGAUUGUGUGGAGUCUCUCUGACCUCUCCCGUGCAUCUCUGUCUGCUCUCUAGUUGCCCUUUCAAAAGUUGCAGACAAGCAUAAAGUGAGGAGGAAAAAAAGGGAAAACAAUGCAAUGAGCCUUUACAGAGUUUGCUGAUACUGCAUCUGAGACAUCAGCUAUAACAUAGAACCAGCUAUGCUAAUGAUGCCAUUGAUAUAAUCCACUGAUUUAAUGGGACUAUUCCUGUGGUGGUAUGCUGCCUAUGUGCACACUUCAAUAUGUAUCCUAAAGAAAAAUAGCAAUAUUACUCAAAAAAAAGA